UGUGGACGAGUGUUUUCUUCCUGCACCAGUGAAUCCACAAUUUUUUAUGUUUAAUUGUUUUAGAAUUUGUUUGACGAUGCUUCCUACUUAAAUUUAUUUUGUUCAUUAUACAAAGCCCACCCAAUCAGUUUAUCUAGCCCAUUGUUAAUUUACCACUCUAUUUUGGAUCUGAUCCGAUUGUGGAUUCUUAGAGAGAUUGUCGCCCAAGUUUUGAACCUUGGCUUUGGGUCCAAAUCUUGUUUUAAGGGAUAGUUACGUUUGUGCUUUCAAAAUAAACUUAGCAUAGGAAGAAAAGUUCCACCAGUUUGCAUUUAUCUCACAUCAAACCAGGUCAUAUUAGGUUAAUUCGAUUUGCAAUUUCUCCUCCAAAUUCAUCCUAAAUCCAAUCCCAGGUCAUUGCCCUAGUCUUUUAAUUCUUCAAUCCUAUUUCUUCUCCAUCUUAACAAAUCCCCGACUCGCCAUGCUUUCCAAGCGAUCUACACCCAUCGCCCUCCUCCUCGGCCUUGUUCUCUCCGCCGUCGCUGUCGCCGUCGGCGGAGGAACUGCCGACUCCGCCUCCGCGUACGAAGUACUCCAGUCCUACAAUUUUCCUGUAGGUAUCCUUCCAAAAGGUGUAACCGGUUAUGAUCUGGACGCAUCUUCCGGCAGUUUCAAUGCCUAUAUGAACGGUUCGUGUAGUUUCUCGUUGGAAGGUUCGUACAGGCUGAGUUACGGCUCGAAGAUCAGCGGGACGAUUUACCGGAAUAGGUUGAGUAAUUUGUCUGGGGUCAGCGUUAAGGUAUUUUUUGUGUGGUUGAAAAUUGUGGAGGUUAGGAGAAAUGGUGACGAUCUUGAUUUCUCUGUGGGGAUUGCAUCUGCCCAGUUCUCGAUAGAUAAUUUCUUUGUUUCCCCCCAGUGUGGGUGUGGGCUGAAUUGUAAUAAUUCUUUGGAUGGGGAAGGGGAAGGGGAAGGGGUAGGGGUAGGGGUAGGGGUAGGGGAUAGGAUAGAGGGGGAGGAUCUUAUAAGCGAUUCUUGA